UACGUGACCAAAGUGGGCAAGUGCCAGGUGAAUCUGGGCAACAUCCAGGACAAGAAGAGGUUCCUCUCGGACAUCUUCACUACCAUCGUAGACCUCAAGUACCGCUGGUUCCUCUUCGUCUUCAUGAUGUGCUACGUCGUCACCUGGGUGGUCUUUGGCUUCAUCUACUUCCUGGACGCCUGGGUGCGCGGCGACGUGUGGCACCAGGGCGAUCCCGAGUGGCAGGCGUGCAUCGAGAACGUGGACGGCUUCGUCUCCGCCCUGCUGCUCUCGGUGGAGAGCCAGCGCACCAUCGGCUACGGCACGCGCAUGGUGACGGCCAACUGCGCCGAGGGCGUCAUCCUGCUGAUCGCCCAGUCCAUCGUGGGCUCCAUGAUCGACGCCAUGAUGGUCGGCUGCAUGUUCGUCAAGAUCUCCCGGCCCAAGAAGCGCGCCCAGACCCUCAUCUUCAGCAAGAACUGCGUCAUCUCCCUCCGGGACGAGAAGCUCUGCCUGAUGUUUCGUGUGGGGGACCUGCGGGAAAGCCACAUGGUGGAUGCCAAGAUCCGCGCAAAGCUGAUCAAGUCCCGCCAGACGGCCGAGGGGGAGUUCAUCCCCCUGGAGCAGUCGGAGCUGAACCUGGGCUACGACACGGGGGAGGACCGUCUGUUCCUGGUGGAGCCCCAGAUCAUCUGCCACGUCAUCAACCGCCACAGCCCUUUCUGGGACAUGUCGGCCGAGUCGCUGCGCCGGGAGCAGUUUGAAAUCAUCAUUAUCCUCGAGGGCAUUGUGGAAGCCACAGGAAUGACGUGCCAAGCCCGCACCUCUUACACGGAGGACGAGAUCCUCUGGGGAUACCGCUUCGAGUCCUGCAUGUCCCUGGAGAAAGGCGCCUUCCAGGUGGACUACAGCCGCUUUGAGAUGACCUUUGAGGUGCAGACGCCAGCGGCCAGCGCCAAGGAGCUGCAGGAGCUGCGGGAGCUGGAGCAGCAGGAGCACUCCACA